CACCGUACUCACCGAUGAUUGGGGAGCUGAGGCAAAUCGCACGUUGAGAGGCUGCGGGACUCGCGUACACUGAGUGUCACGUAACCGGUACCCGGAAGCUCAGGGCAAGCGUAGCAACUGGAAGCUUAGACAGACUGAGAGACAGGGACUUCCGGCGUGUGAGAGCAAAGGUCACCGGAAGCUCCACGUGCGUGUAACAGCUAUUUGAAAACAAUGCAUCCUGCUGAGACGAAAACCAGAGGGAAGAAAGGCACUUCGCCAAGGAAACGAACCAGUUCCCAAGACAAUGAAGAGGAAGAACAGAAAGCCAAGCAUUUAAGAAUGUUGGCUGAAAAACCUGAAGUCGAAAAAUGUUUGGAAGAAUUGGUUUUUGGUGGUGAGGAUGAGUUUGUGGAAAGACUAAUUGGUGAUUCACAGGUGAAAUCCACCAUCAGUGGGAAUCUCUUAGACAGUGAUUCAGAUGAUGAGGGAACAGAUAAAGCUUUGCCUGUGGCCAAGAAACCAGCUUGGGUUGAUGAGGAGGAUGAAGCUGACGAAAGCAUUGAAAUGACGCAUCGGUAUCGAAGAGACAUCAGACUUAGCAAAAAUGAGAGAACUCUUGCUAAAGAAAAACUCCAAACAAGACUAAAGGAACAAUUCCAGAAAGCAAUGGGUGGUGUACCGUCCUGGGCUUGCAUAGAUCAAAAGAGAUCCACAAAAGAAGUAGAUGAUGACCUUGAAGAAGAUAAUGAAGAUAAUUUAUUAAGUAAAACUGGCAACUUAUUGGCUACUUCAAGUUAUCUCCCAAAGGGUAUCUUACAGAUCAGAAAGUGUUUAAAUGCUAAUCACGAAAGACCGUCAGAAGGGCCGCUUACAUCUGUACAGUUUCAUCCUUUGGCACAAGUUAUCAUGACAGCUGGACUAGACCGAGCCAUAUCUUUGUUUCAGGUGGAUGGAAGAUUAAAUCCAAAAAUCCAAAGCAUUCAUUUGGAAAAAUUUCCAAUUUUCAAAGCCCAGUUUACUGCUGAUGGGGAGCAGGUUAUAGCUACUGGAGUCCGAAGUAAAAUGUUCUACGUGUACGACAUGAUGGGCGGAAACAUCAUUCCCGUUCCUAAAAUAAGAGGGAUAAAACACUAUACAGAUUUCUGAUUUGAGAAAUAGACGGAUGAUAAAGAUGGUGCAAGAUGAUCUACAAGUAGAUGGAGGAAAAAGCACACGUUUCAUGUUACACAACAAUGUUUAUUUUGUAAUUAGUUGUAUAGACCAUCACACUGCUGGUUUUGUUAUUCCGAUUCAUGUUGGCCAUUGGAAUUUUACCAUACUUAGAAAAUAGUAUUCAUUGUUUUAUUCUCCUCUGUAUUCUGUAGAGCGAAGUAUAACAAAUCCCCAGUCAGUAAAAGAUCUGUCCUUUUGAAAAAAAUAACACAAUAAAUGUAUAUUCUGUAAAACUGAUUGUGACCAUGUAUUUUCCACACCUGUAAUAAAUAUUUUUUUUAAAGUA